AUGGUGUUGGUUGAUGAAAAGAACAGGGAUAGGGUGGCUAAGAAGGAGGUGGUGGAGCUUCCACAAAAUGAUCAAGCUGUAACUGUGGCAUUUCAUGGGGAGGAACUGAACGAGGAUGUACCUCUUGCCCACUUGUCUAAGAAGUCUCCUUUAACCAUGGAUAAACAAAACAAGGCGGUGGAGAAUAAAAACAACUCCAUUAAGGUUGCAACAGAUGGAACAUCCUCUCACGGUGCAGCAUUGAUUCGAGCAGAGGAGAUGCAGUCAAAUUUGGAAUCGGAAUUCCCUAGUUUUGUGAAGUCCUUAGUCAGAUCACAUGUUGCUAGUUGUUUUUGGAUGGGGCUGCCUGUAGCGUUCUGUAGAAGACACUUACCGGAUAAGGAUACAACAAUCACUUUGGAAGAUGAAUCUGGUAAAGAAUACAAAACGAAAUACAUUGCUUGUAAGACAGGAUUGAGUGCUGGUUGGAGACAGUUUUCUGCUGUGCACAAAUUGCAGGAGGGUGAUGUGGUGGUCUUCCAAUUAGUUGAACCUACCAAAUUUAAGGUUUGUAUAAUAAGAGCUAAUAAUUCGAGGGAACUAGAUGGGGCCCUUUCCCUUCUGAAUCUAGACAGUAACAUAAAACAAAAAGUGGGAGGCAAAGAUAAUGCAAAUACUAAUUCAGUAGCAUGUAAUAGCUCAAAGAGAAAACAUGGUAAACCUGUCCCUCAAGACAUCCAAAAGAAAAAGAAAACCGGUGUGCCAAGAUUAGGGCCUACGCCUAGGCAGUCUGCAGAACAAUCAGAAAAUGAUAGCGAGGAAGCUCUCUCAGAAGUACUGGAGGGCUUUAAAAUGCUUGAAUUCAAAAAUGUAAAACGUUUUGAAGAUUUUAGCAUCAUAGUCGAUGGAAUGCUAAUAGAUGCUGAACUCUCAACUGAAGUUCGAAACAAGUACUACAAGCUCUGCUACAGUCAGCAUGCUUUUCUUCAUGACAAUCUCAUCAAGGGCUUGAACUAUAAGCUGAUUGCUGGAAUUAUAUCUGAAACUGUCAACAUUGCUGAUGCCAUAAAAAUUAGUGUGAUAUCUACCCCACGUGUUGAAUUUGCUAGUUGGGAUAAAACUUUGCUUGCUUUUGAGCAUUUGGGCAUGAAUGUUGAAUUUUUAAGAAUAAGAUUGCGCCGGCUUGUAAGCAUUGCUUAUGAAACAGAUGAUGCCUCAGAGACCAAAAGAUACUUGGCAUAUAGAAGUGAACAUAGUCGAGCUGAUGAUGAAAUAAAGAACAUGGAAACUAAGCUUGAAGAAUUGAAGGGAGCCUGUAAUGGUUUUGGUGCUUAUCUUGAGAGCUUGAGGUGCAAAGCAGAAAGCUAUCAGCUCAAGUUUCAGAAAGAGGUCACUUCUCUUUGGUGA